AUGUGUGCAGCGGGGCAAUCGGGGCGAUCCCGACACCGGCUCGAUCCUGCUCGGCCCACUCCGAGGGCUGGAAGAACACGGACGGACGGACGCGAGGACCGACCGACGCGCGGACCCGCAGACCUGCCGGGUAGAGCGCGAGCGACAAGCCAGCCGCCGCCGCCAGACCCGGAGGCCGCCGGGCCACCGCUGGCCCCGCCCCCUGAAGGCCCGGCCCCAAGCCACGCCCCCAAACCCACCAAGGGUCGGCAUAGGAUCCUGCUUCACUCGUCCCGCCCCCUCUUCGGGGCUUCCUUCAAGGGGACAAAGUGUGAAAUCAUGCCAGCUCAGUUACAGUUGGUCCUGAAACCAGGUUUUCCUGACCCUCGGGCAGCAGCGGCCACAGAACCGGAAAAGCUGGCAAGAAAGGGAAAGCUCAAGAAGCGACUCCGCUCCUCGUCUGUGAAGGCGGUGACAGGACCCUGCCCAAGGGUCCCCACAGCCUCCCACACAGGAGGCACUCGGCAAAUGCAGAGCGGCCUUGAGGGCCAGAGACCCGGUCAGGAGCCGUCACACCAGCAGGUGCCAUCACUGCGGCCACCUCUCCCUGCUGCUGGGACUGAGGAUCACAGUGGCUGCCAAGUGCCAGGGCUGCUGGUGGUCAAAGCCCAGGCGAUGGGCCUCCAGCCUGGGGACGCAGAGCCCCAGCCUCUGGCUUCUAAGGCUGGGAGCAAUGGCCCCUGGCUCUUAGGGCCUGGACGGGGACCACCAGCACUGGGAGAGCUUCCGGUCACCCACUCAGGAUUUGUGUCCAGGCCCCCGCUAAUCACUGAGGCCCCGCGCACGAUGCCCACGGCCAGCACGCGGUGGACAGUGCUCCUCUCCCCGCACGCACGGGUGACUUGCGGCCUGCCCCUCCCCGGGCCUCGGGAGACGCCGGCCGGCGCGGCCCCGGCUGGACUUCAGACCAGGAGGCUGAAAGCGAGAAAACCAGGGUUGCAGGGCCCCAACCUGUCACCCAGUGAUGCCAGUGAGAGCCCUGUGUCCCCAACUGCAAGCCGAUGA